AUGUCUGACCAAAGACGCGUCGCAGUGCUCCAUCAAGCUUGCGAGCCUCCAGUCGUGAAUGGUGUUCGAAAGCCACAGAAACCCGGUGGUUAUCAGGACUCAGGGGCAGAUAUUGCUUAUGUUCUCCAGUCAAAGAACAUAAAGGUCGUUACACCAAAAAGAGAACCAAGCCCCAGUCGGGAUCAAGGUUGGACCUUUCCUGAUACCGAGGAUGGUGUUUUAGAAGCCAUCAGAAAAGGUGCGACUACUUUGUGGGCAAACACAAUCUUAUUUGCAGACCAUCCUCUACAGAAGUCGACAUUACUAGACAAGUUUUCGGACGCUGUGAAAAUGGUUGGUCAGCCUCCCAAGCUCGUCGAACAAUACGAUGACAAGAACUAUGUGAAUGAUCUAUUUCGAGCUGAAGGCUCUUUUACCAUGCCUAGAUGCUGGGUCAUCAAUUCGAGCCAGCCGUCUCAAGUAGAUUUAUCCACAUUGCCAUUUCCGGUGGUUGCCAAACCUAUCCGUGGUCGAGGAAGCCACGGAGUGAAGUUAUGCAAGACAGAGGCCGAGCUGUCCCACCACGUGUCCCGACUUUUCGAAGAAUCGCCUAUCGUCAUGGUGGAAGAAUACCUUUCUGGGCAGGAAGGCACCAUCACUGUCAUGCCGCCCUCUGACGAACACCCCGAAUAUUGGUCGAUGCCUAUCGUUGUGCGAUUCAAUCACGAACACGGAAUAGCGCCAUACAAUGGUGUGGUUGCAGUCACUGCAAACUCAAGACUACUUUCCCCGGAAGAAUUAUCUUGCGAUUCCAACUAUGCACGGAUCAGUGAAGAGUGCGAGCGCAUUGCUCGCCUGCUCCAAGUCACUGCCCCGAUUCGAGUUGAUGUAAGACGAUUCAAGGACAGCAGUGAAUCUGCAUUUGCGGCAUUUGACAUCAAUAUGAAACCGGUAGGUCCUUCCGAGCUUUUACUACGAUCACUGACCGCUGUAAAGAACAUGACUGGUCCUGGCCGACCAGGACGUGAGAACCAAGCGAGUCUCACUGCCAUUGGCGCAGCAGGUCUCGAGUGGGAUUAUCCAACACUGCUGACAGAGAUACUGAGCCUUGCAAAACCCUUGUCUGAUCUCCGCAAGAUCUCAAUAGCUGAGGAGGAAGUCAAGUAA